AUGCUUAAUAGCAAAAGCUCUUCUUGUCUCCACAAGAUCCAAGAUAAAGAGGGCAUCCUUCCUGACCAGCAGAGGCUUAUCUUUGCAGGCAAGCAGCUAGAAGAUGGCCAUACCCUGUCUGCCUACAAAAUCCAGAAAGAAUCCAUCCUCAAUCUGGUUCUGCAUAUUAGAAGUGGUAUAUGGAUCUUUGUGAAGACCCUGAAGGCACGAAGUGAGUGCGGAGUCCUGAGUACGGGGUUCCGAUAUCCCGUGAGGGACUCGGCCGGAAAACGGACGAAGCGAGAGCUGUGUGUGCAUGAGACGUGCCCUAGGCACGAAGCGAGUGCGGAGUCCCGAGUACACGGUUCCGAUAUCCCGCGAGGGACUCGGCUGGAAAACGGACGAAGCGAAAGGUUGUGUAUCUGA